AUGUGGCAACAAGUGCAGUUGGUGGAGACACCAAAUUGGCUACGAGCUGAGGUUCUCGAACACUUCUGGACACAUUUAAGGGUGGAGAUAAAAUUCAGGACCUUACUCUACUAUCGAUUGAGUUCCUGUGAUUGCUGGUUCGAAGGGUUUUUGGGAACUGAUAAUUCAACGACUUUGCUGUGGAACGACAAGACCUACCCACAUUAUCUUGGCUUUCGACAGGAUAUGGACAUCUUGGCAGUGGUUUGCUUGAGUUUUUCUCAAUAUAAGGAAGUUCUGAAUGCACUAAGCAUAAUACUGGAUCAAAUUCGUAGUAUACCCUUAGUGCUUCAGUUUUGUGGAGAGGAAGAUCCGAUUAAGGAGCAGGAUUCAGCUGGAAUAAUAUUCUACUUGUGUUGGGAGCUGAAGAUGCCUAAUGUGUUGCUGCUUUCAUGGAACUUUUUUAGCACCAGAACAUUCUACGCUUAUGAAAUGUUUCCAAAGUUUAAAGUUAUAAGAAAAGUUUAUGAAACAUACCUCACUCUGUUUCCCUACAAGCUGGGAAAUCUUCAAGGACAUCCGAUUCGCACUUUACCAGAUAAUUCAGAGCCACAUACCAUCGUGCAAAGAUCUUUGAAUGGUUCUUAUGUGAUAUAUGGACCCGUUUGGCGGUUUAUGAUUGAAUUUGCAAAACAUAUUAAUGGAAGUUUGUAUCUACCCGGAAAUCCAGUUACUGAAAGAACCGUAAACUAUGCUCAGGUCGUAGACUUAGUGAGAAACAAAACCGUAGAGAUAGCAGCCAGUUUGAGGCCUUUUGUUCAUGUCCAGCGAAGUAAAGCCCACAUCUUUGGGUAUCCGAUGAUGGUUGGUAAUUGGUGUACAAUGUUACCAGUAGAAAGGGCUAUAACAAGCCAUGAGGCAUUGCUCAGAUUGAUGAAGUCACCUUGGACCUGGCUCUUUUUAGUACUGCUCUACAUGCUGCAUAAGUUUUUGAUCUACAGAAUACGGCUCAACAGUCCAUUAGUUCAUCUAGUGAAACCUCUAACUUUCCUGGCGCUUCUCUGUUUCCUGCAAGCUCAACUUUCGGCCUAUUUCAUAGGACCUCAGGAGGUUAAUCAUAUAAGCAGCAUGCAGCAGGUACAGGAAGCUGGUCUAAAAAUCCGAGGAAUGCGAUCGGAGUUCAUGGAGUAUCCCAUCGACAUAAAGAGUAGAUAUGCCUCAUCAUUUUUGCUGCAUGACGUUUUCUUUGAUUUGGCAAAAUAUCGAAAUAAUUUCAAUACAUCCUAUGGUUAUACAGUGACCUCUAUUAAGUGGGAACUGUACAAGGAGGCCCAGCUGCGUCUUCGAAGACCUUUGUUUCGCUACUCAACUGACAUUUGCGUCCAGAAGCUAUCACUUUUCUCACUGAUCCUGGAAAACAAUUGCAUAUAUCGCUACCAGAUGAAGGAGUUUAUCAUAAGACUACAUGAAGCUGGACUACUACGAUUGUGGUAUCGUCGAUCCUAUUAUGUCAUGGUUGAGGCAGGACGUUUCCAUCUUCGGGACAUCAACACGCACCACCAUGUGCAAGCGAUUCCUUGGUCGGAAUGGCAGUAUAUGGCGGCAACGUAUGGGGUUGGACUUCUAUUUUCGGUGGUUGUGUUUGUCAUCGAGCUCACAAUUCACUGCGUAAAUGUUUGCUUAGACAACUUGUAG